AUGAGAAGGGGCCCCUCAGGGGGGCCCCCAGGAGCUGGGGGCCCCUCCCUUGGGGGCCCCUCAUCUGGGGGCCCCCCUUGUGGGGUCCCCUUAGGGGCCCCCUCUUCUGGGGCCCCUUCUUCUGGGGGCCCCCCCGGGGGCCCCUCUAUUAACGGCCCUUCCUUUGGGGGCCCCUGUGGGGGCCCCUAUGUUGGGGGCCCUUACUGUGGGGGCCCCUCUGGGGAACCUUCUUCUGAUGACUCCUCCGGGUGUCUCUCUGGGGCCCCUUCCUUUGAUACCCCUAAUGGGGGCCCCUCCUUUGGGGGCCCCUCAGUUGAGAGCCCCUCUGGGGGCCCCCCUGAAGGUCCCCCUGAGGGCCCCUUUGGGGGCCCCCCUAUGGACCCUUUUGAGGGGCCCCCGGGGGGCCCCCCUGGGGGGCCCCCUGUGGACCCUUUUGGGGGGCCCCUUGGGGGCCCCCCUAGCUUGUGUGUCGGUAGAGAAUUAAGUCAUGAGGAGAUGUUUCACUGGCAUAGAUAUCAGCAAGGCCCUUCAACAGCAGCAGCAGCAGCAGCAGCAGCAGCAGCAGCAGCAGCAGCAACACCUGGUGCUGUAACGGAGGAAGAAACAACGGGAGGGGGGGUUGGAGCAGCAGAAGCUGCAGCAGCAGCAGCAGGAACAGCUGCAGCCGCAGCAGCAAAGGAACCCUGGUUGCCUCCUCGUCUGAUACGGUGUAGAGACACCGCAGGGCUGCUACUGCAGCAGCAGCAGCUGCAGCAGCAGGGUUGGGAUUUGCGCUGCCGCAGAGCGCAGCAAGAGCUGCAUGCAGCAGCAGCAGACAGCAACAGGGGGGCACUCUGGGGCCCCUUUAUACCCGCCCCACACCUACACUACACACCCAGCAGCAGCAGCAGCAGCAGCAGCAGCAGCAGAUGCAACUUCAAAACUUAUCUACUGCCGCUGAGGGCGGGGGAGUGGCUGGCGGUUCGCCCACCAGGCAUCCGCAUUACGGCGUUACCCGGGCCCGAGGAAUUUGCAGGCCAGCAGCAGCAGCAGCAGCGGCAGCAGCAACAGCAGCAGCAGCAGCAGCAGCAGCAGCAGCAGCAGCAGCAGCAGCAGAAUGGUCUGGAGGUGCCUUUUGCGUUUUUGUUGGAUUUCGCCUCUGCCGAUUUCCCAAUUUUUGCAUUUAGAGAAAAUUACGACAACCUCGCGUAA